AUUAUAUUACUGGUUUAAUGCAAAGAAAAAAGAAGGCGGAAAAAAUAUAUAGAAAAAAAGAAGUUAUUUAAGUGCAACUAAAGAUUACACAAAAAAUAAGCAAUAAAAUACAAUUAUUAAUAUAAAAAAACCAAAAUUAAUUAACUUAAAACAGAAGUGCAUAGUAAAAAAUAAAAAACACACAAAAUGAGUUUUGCGGAGAAAAUUGCCAACUUAAUGGCCAGACCAAAUCAGCAACCUGGCCCAGCCGAUGAUCAGCCCUGGUAUUUAAAAUAUGGUGUUAGAAUUCUAGGCAUAACUGGAGCCUUCUUUUGUAUAUUAUUUGGCCUCUUCAAUGCUUUAUCCUUAUUAUUACUAAAUGUCAGUUGUUUAAUUGGUGGCAUACUACAAGUAGUCAUAGGUUUCCUAGUUAUGUCCUUAGAAGCACCCUGCUGUUUCUUCUGCAUAGACUAUGUGGGACAAAUGGCUGAUAUGGCCGAUGCUAGACCCAUGUGGAACAGAGCAGCACUGUAUUGUGUAGUCUCAAUAUUCCCAGUAUUUUUAUGCUUUGGUUUAGGCAGUUUAUUCCCCUGCGCUUUAAUCUUUGGUACUGGUGUUAUCUAUGGCAUGAUGUCAUUAGGCAAAAAAGCUUCACGUGAGGAAAUGGCUGCUGCUGCCACAUCACCUACACAAAUGCAGCCUGGUGGUGAAGGACAAAUGCAAAUGAGCACCGAUCAGCAUAUUACAUUAAUGGAAGAUCCUGAUGUUUGGCGUCCAACAUAAAUUCAUUAAAUGAAUUAAAAAAUAAAAACAAACAAACAAAAAGACACACACAUAUAUAUAUUUAUAUAUAAAAAAACAACAACAAUUCCAUUUAAAAAUUUAUUAAAAUAAAAGAAUCUCACAGUAAACAAACCGUUACUAACAAAAAACAAUAACUACACUAUUAUAUAUAUUUAAAAAUGAAAAGCAACAAAAAACAUCAUCAUAAAUUAUCACAAAAACAAAAAAAGAGUUUGUUAAACAAUUUACUAAAACAACAAUUAUAUAUAUCAUAAAGUUUUAAACAAAAUACGAAAAAGAAAUAUUGAUUAUUAAGCCGUUAUAACAAAAUAAAAGCCCCACCAAACACACACUUAAUCAUUCAGAAUUUUGAAAACAUUUUUUUGCUGCAAAAUGUUACAAAUUGAUCUCAAAAGAAGCUUAAAUAGCGCAAAAACAAAAUAUAUAUAUUUUUGGAUUCCAUUAACUGAAGUUUCGUCGAAAAUUUUCAAGAAACACAAAACAAAUGUAAAGAUCAACUUUUUUUGCUUCCAUUUAUGUAAAGUAAAAUUUUAAUUAAACAAAAGAAACAACAAAUAGUGCGGUACCUUAAAAAUUAAUUAUAUCAGCAAAAGAAAUAAUGUUAAAUAGUUAAAUAAGAGAGAUGGAUAAAUUUGUCUAGACUACAAUCAAUAUUAUAGUUUAGACUAUGGACGAGAUUAUGGUCCGGACUCUAUAUUAGACAAUGGUCUUAACUAUGAACUAUAGUUCAGACUAUAGACUUGAAUAUAUUCAAGACUAUAAACUAAACUCUAAUCGAGACUGUAGUUAAGUCGAUAGUCUUGGCUA